AUGGCGUACCAUUCAUUUCCGGGCUCUGGGUUUCAUUACUCGAAUUCUCCCUUUGGUGAUACAACUUAUACUAAGGUCUUUGUGGGUGGCCUUGCGUGGGAGACUCAAAGCGAGACUCUUCGUCGGCAUUUCGAACAUUUUGGUGAAAUCCUUGAGGCCGUCGUUAUCACCGAUAAGAACACCGGUCGAUCCAAAGGUUACGGCUUUGUGACAUUCCGAGAUCCAGAGGCUGCUAGAAGAGCCUGUGUCGACCCGACACCUGUUAUAGAUGGCAGACGUGCGAAUUGUAAUCUCGCUUCUCUUGGGAGACCUCGGCUUCCUAUUCAAUAUGCAGUGAUCCCUAAUGUUCCUGGACGGAUAAGACCUGCUUCUCCAUAUGUUGGGAGUGUGCAGGGUCCUCGCGGUUCACUCUUUGGAAGUCAUCCGUAUCAGCAACCACCUGCUUAUAGCUACCAGCAAGGAGUGAUGUACCCUUACGGGGUAACACCAUAUGGACCUGAGUACAUGUACUCACAAUCUCAGGGCUUUUAUGGUCCUUACACAGGACAACAGUACCUUCAAGUUUAUGGAGUACCUGGGGCAGUUAACUCGCCGGGUUAUCAAUACGGCCAAUUUAGUCAGAAUAUUCCUGGUGGUCACGGUUAUACAGCGGUACAGGGUUAUUCGGUUCCAGGAGGUCAUGUUCUGCAGCUUGGUGGACCCAAUGCCACUUCACCUAUGCCUGCUAUUCAAUCUCCCUACCCUUCAGCUAUAGCAGGUCCUGCCCCAACGCAGCCCCACAUCAUUGUCCAGACUCCUCAGUAUAAGCAGAGUAGCGGUUCUGAUCAAACAGGGUGA